UAUAAAAUCAACAGUAGUAUGACAGUGAAAUAAGCCCACUGGUUUUAACCCUAGGACCGUUGUUGUGAUAUUGCCGUCGCCGGCCAAACUAUCGUCAUGAAUCCAUGACGGCGACGGCUAAUACUGACCGAAAGCACUCGCUCCUUGGUCCUGACACUGUCGGUGUGGAGUGAGGACGGUAUUAUCACCAUCCCCAGGGCGAGACCAAGGGCAGGCGUUUCUGGUUUCCUCGAAUGGAACCAUUGCGGCCAUGGAUGAGGCUAUGAGCGGUCCUGGGACCAAGAGUUGGAGCGGCGGCAAGGAAGCCGCAAGAGUUGAAAGACGAAACGGCGAAGAAAAUGACAGAGGCAAAUGGUGGUGGAAAUGACAGAGAAAACGGCGAAGGAAUUGAUGAUAGCAGCGGUGAUGGAAACGGCGAAGGACACGGCGAAGGAAACGGCGAAGGAAACGGCGAAGGAAUCGAUGAUGGAAGCGGUGAUGGAAGCGGUGAUGGAAACGGCAAAGGCAACGUCAAAGACGGCAAAGGAAACGGCAAAGGAAACGGCAAAGGAAACGGCAAAGGAAACGGCAAAGGAAACGGCAAAGGACACGGCAAAGGAAAACGGUGAAGAAGACCGGGAGAGGAAAGCGAGCGAGGAAAUUGAGAAAUGAGGCCAAGUUUCCAAGGGCAGAUAGCCUAAUAGACACACAGCUAUCUGUCAUUUGGAUCUGUAGAGCUCUUGGGGCCCGGGAAGCCUUCCUUCAGCGGCAGGAUAGAUCAGCGAUGGCGUGGGCUGGAGCACUAAGAGUAUGAUCAUUUUGAUCACGGCAGCGACGCAAGCUGCGGAGGAACACAGAAGAGAGGCGGCAGGCACAGGAAAGCAGGUGUCAAAUAAGGCAUGGGA